CACAAUGGCCAACGCUGUAACCGGAGUGAUCGCCAAUGACAGUGGACUGCUUGCAAAUUUGACCUUUGAAGAGCUGCCUUUCUCCCACGCCGAGGCUGUUGUCACUAGUGAAGUCUGUGACAGAAGCAACGGAUAUGUUGUCACAGACGUCGAUGUGCAGCUGACAUCGUGGAUUUGUCGCCAGCUGUUCUCGACGCUUACUGUCAGUGGUUGUUCAGUUGUCAACGCAACAGGAAAUGAAGCCCACUGCCCCGAAGGCCGUGUUGUAGUCCUUCUCGGAGUAAGAGAUAGCAUCGACGAAAUUGAGUGCUGUGGUGUCUAUUAUGUUUAGUUUGAAGGGUAUUUGUGGAGUUGGACUGAACACCGACUGGGGAGUUUGGUCAGUGUUGUAGGAGAGAUGAAUGCUAGACAGAGUGAGAA